AUGGACGAUGAUAAUGGGCUUGAGCUUAGUUUGGGCCUAUCUUUGGGCGGGUCAUCAGGGAAGGCCAAGGCUAGAGAUGCACCUCUAGAACCAGAAGCAGAACCCCAAGUGGAAGAAAGCAGUAGCAAAGGUGGCUCACAAACUCCUGAUGCUCCUUUUGGGAAAAAUUUUCAAAAGAGUGCUGAAAACCAAGAACAGAAUAGUAAACAGAGGCACAGCCCUGUUGCACCACAAUUCGGGAACUUCUGGGGACAACCAGGGAGUUCCUCUGGUCCAGUGGCAGAUGGAUCUGUUGAACCAGUGAGCCAUCAACCCCAGCUUUCCAGUUAUCAAGAUGGAAGGAUGCCAAAUAACAGUGGAAAUAAUUCUGAGGAGCAGAAGCCAGUCUCGAGUAACCGCAAGUUACUUUCUGAAGAGAUAAACUUUCAGAAGAAGCAUCAGGCAGCUAGUGACCAGCCUGAUGCAUUCAGUAAGAGCUCUGAUGGAGGUGCAAAAAAUGCACCUAUCUCAAUUAGUACGGAUGAUGGCUCAACUGGUGAAAAUGAGGACGUUGUAGAGUCAGAAGCAGAAGGCUCAAAUUCUUGGUUGGUUGCACAGCGUGAAGACAGUGCUAAGGGCUCUGUUGUUAACAAGGGAUCUGAUAGGAAAAGAUCCGCCGAUGCUGCUGCAGUUGGUUUUCAAGGAAAGAGGCAACCAAGUUUCUCAGGAAGUGAGUCCAGCUCUGGAAAGCUGACACCUGGGAAUCCGUUAUCGAUGCAGGCAUCAAAUGCAGUGGCUGUGCCAUAUCAAGUCCCACCUCAAGUUUCUGGACCUCCUACCAUAACAAAUGCACCAAAUUUUCACCCGGUAUGUACUGUGCAGUUGAGGCCACCCACAAACGCCGGACUAGCUGUCCAGACAAUGGGUAAUGCCUCUCAGGUUGCUUUUGGCUACCCAGCAGUCCAGCUACCAACACUUGAAACAAGCUCUUCAUGGGCAUUUGGUGCUCCACCUCAGGCUGUGUCUUCUUUUACUGCAAAAGACAAAGCUGAACAAACAGGAACCAAGCAAGCUGACGAUGGCAAGAAGCCUCAGGAGGCAGGUGCUUCCUCGUCUGCUCAUGCUGAAGAUGAGAAAAAGGCUGAUAGAGGACUCUCUCUUAUGGGUUCUGCCAUAAGGCCAGGCAUCGCACCAAAUGUCAAAUUUGGAGGGUCUGGAUCAUAUCCGGAUCUUCCAUGGGUUUCUACCAUCGGCGCUGGACCAAAUGGCAGAACCAUAUCAGGUGUGACAUAUAAGUUUGGUAGAAACGAAGUAAAGAUAGUAUGUGCCUGCCAUGGCACUCACAUGUCUCCGGAGGAGUUCAUGCGGCAUGCAAGUGCAGAUGCUCCGGCCCAAGAAAAUAGUGCAACCCUACCGGCAUUCCCUGUCGGCUCCAUUAAUAAGAUCCUGCUCACUUCCUGGAGCUCCGCCACCUGGUUUUGUAUCUUCCUUGUCUCUGUGCCUAGGUGCUCUGUGGAUGCGCUCGCUUCUAAGUUCUACGACGCCGAUGGGCAUGUCAAUGGAGCCUCCCCGCCGCUGCUUAGGCCAUGUUCCCGACCAGCACCUCGUGGCACAUGGCGAGCAUGGCCAUGGCCUGGACAAGCCGAGGUGCGCCACGAGAUCCUCAUCAAAGAGGAAGGCGAGCGCAACAUCACGGUUGGAGGUGUACCAUGA